GUUUGAAAGGGCUGUCAAUCAGCUCGGCGGUCCCGAUAGAGCGACGCCGAAAGGCAUACUGAAGACAAUGGGGAUUCCAGUGUUAACCAUAUACCAUGUCAAAAGCCACUUGCAGAAAUACAGGAUGUCAAAGUUCAUUCCAGAAUCCUCGACUAGAGGCAAAUUUGAAAGGAGAAACAUUUCUGAAAUACUGCCUAACUUCAGCACAACAUCGGGUGCUCAGCUUAAUGAAGCAUUGCAAAUGCAGAAGGAAGCAGAAAAGCGAUUGAGUGAUCAAAAUGAGGUGCAAAGGAGCUUGAAACUUAAAAUUGAAGCACAAUCAAGAUUUCUGGAGAGAAUUGCAGUGGAUUUUAAAAAUCGAGUGGGCAUCAUGAAACCUAGCAAACCCUUUUCAACGAUAUCACUGCCUUCCCUCUGUGAAGAAUCAGAGUCAAACGCCAAGGAAUUCGAAUCCGAUUCAGAGAUUGACAAAAUUGAAUUACACUCAGAAGAUGAAUUCCAAGCUCACAAGAGGCUGAAGAGGAACACCGACAUUUUUCAUCCACGUUACAAUAUUGCAUCACUUGAUUCCGGAUCAUACAACCAAAACAUGCUUCUUCCCAAAGCAUCGAAGGCUAUGUAUCCAUCCUAUGAAACCAACAUUCCAUGGAAUGUCGGGUCAUGCCAAUCAUCCCUGAUGCCACCUUUAUAUAACUGGAAUUAGCCCUAUACAUAUUUUUUCGGUAAAAUAAACUCCCAACAUUAGCGGCGUUUGAUGAUUAUGCCGGUGUUGAACAUGUUGGUUUUGUCAUAAUAAUCUGCCCACCUCGGUGACUAAGUACAAAUUAUCAGAUUUUGUACCUAGUAUCAAGAUGGGUUUGGUUUAGUUGUUCACUCAUAAAAAAAGAAGAAGAAGGGAUUGCUUGUACCUUACAGAUGAUUAAUAAUCGUGUUUGUUAUAUAUAAUAUUUGUUUGUCUAAA